CUCUCUUUUCAAACGGAGUGAACGCGAUCACAUCAGCUCUUUGAUUCAGGUCAUAGGGCGGCCAGCGACAGCCAUCACCGCUCCACCUGAGCUCUGCUCCACUUUCUUUGAAGGCGGACUUUUUUCCUUCCUCUUGCCGCUGAAGUUUUCUCACAGCCAGAUCUGUGUCAGGAUCUCAAGAAGCGGGCUGCAUUCCAAUUCAUUAAAGCUCACCCUUUGGACAAAAAGGAGUGUCUUUCUGUGCGGGCUUGCUCCCCGGUCCUCGCCAUCCACCCUGCCUAAGUUUGAGAGGAUAACCACCAUCACCAUCUCCAGGAUGAGGCAUGUAUCUCUACGCUGGCUGAGGGGCGUGUCCCUGCUCCUGCUGCUGCAGGCGGCCACUUCCAUGGUGAUGCUUCCUAACUCCACGGGCUGGGAGCAGAUCCUGGACAAGUAUAUGGACGAGGAGGGGGACUGGUGGGAGGCCAAGCAGAGGGGGAAGAGGGCCAUUACCGACGGUGACGCUCAGCUCAUCCUGGACCUUCACAACAAGCUCAGAGGCCAGGUUUACCCUCCUUCUUCCAACAUGGAGCACAUGGUGUGGGACACAGAGUUGGAGCGUACAGCAGAGGAGUGGGCAGAAACCUGUCUGUGGGAGCACGGCCCUGCCAGUCUACUGCCGCAGAUCGGACAGAACCUGGGAGCUCACUGGGGAAGGUUUCGUCCACCCACGUUCCAUGUGCAGGCCUGGUAUGAUGAAGUGAAAGACUACUCCUUCCCUUACCCUCAGGAGUGUGACCCCUAUUGCCCCUUCAGAUGCUCCGGCCCAGUUUGUACUCAUUAUACACAGCUGGUAUGGGCCACCAGCAGUCGGAUUGGCUGUGCCAUCAACAUGUGUUACAACAUGAAUGUGUGGGGGCAGAUUUGGGCCAAAGCCGUCUAUCUCGUCUGUAACUAUUCACCAAAGGGGAACUGGUGGGGGCAUUCACCUUACAAACAUGGGACCUCAUGCUCUGCUUGUCCUCCCGUCUAUGGAGGAGGCUGUAAGGACAACCUCUGCUACAAAGAUGACCGUUAUAACCGUCCACAAGAGGAAACAGAAGAAAACAAUUUCAUCGAGCCAGAGACUCCACAGAAGCCCCGGCCUCGAGCCCCCAAGCCAGAGCCUCCAAGUCUUCCCGCUCCGGCCCCCACCAAGCCCCCCACAGAGGACCUGCAGAAGAAUGAAGAAGUGAUCAACACACAGCAGAUGUCUCAGUUUGUGACCUGUGACACGAAGCUCCGAGAUCAAUGUAAAGGAACACCAUGUAAUAGAUAUGAGUGUGCAGCUGGGUGCCUUGAUGCUACAGCAAAGGUAGUGGGGACAGUAUACUAUGAAAUGCAAUCCGGUGUGUGCAGAGCUGGUCUACAUGCCGGUGUCAUAGAUAAUGAUGGCGGAUGGUUGGAUGUAACGCGACAAGGCCGAAAGGACUUUUUCAUAAAAUCCAAGAAGAAUGGAAUUCAAUCUCUUGGAAAAUAUCUGAGUGCUAAUUCCUUCAUAGUUUCCAGAGUAGCAGUCAAAGCCAUCACAUGUGAAACCACAGUUGCACAGAUGUGUUCAUACCAAAAGCCUGCAAAACAUUGUCCGAGGUUAUACUGCCCGAGAUACUGUUUAGAAGAGAAUCCUCACAUAUCCAGAGUGAUCGGCACCGGAAUAUACUCUGAUAAGUCCAGUAUAUGCCGAACAGCGAUCCACGCUGGAGUAAUCAGGAAUGAUGCGGGUGGCUAUAUCGAUGUAAUGCCAGUGGACAAGCGGAAACACUACACUGCCUCACACCAAAAUGGCAUUUUCUCAGAGAGCCUUCAAAACCCUCCCGGAGGAAAGGCGUUCCGGGUGUUCGCUGUGAUUUGAGUGCCCCGGAGGGCGGCUCCUUCAAAGAGAAAGCCCACUCGGGCUCUUGAAUAGGCAGUAAUCAAGCCCCGUUGUCAAACUCAAUGACUGAAAUGUCUCUGGCUUUGCGACACUCUGGGGGUUAGAGGUCGUCUCCAUGACGGCGUAAACCCAGCAACAAAAACUUGACACAUACACAAUGAGAAACUGUCAGUAUUCACUCGCACUGUGUGUACAAUUUGUCAUCAUUAGCAGGAAAUUAAUAUCGGGACAUUUUGUAAAUAUCUCUGAAAAUGUUCUUGUACAUAUUUGUAAAUAGUAUCACACCUGUGUCUGAGGAGUGCCAUUACCUUGCCCUCUUAACCCUCCUGUUACCUUUCGGGUCAAUUUGACCCCAUUCAAUGUUUAAUGUCGGUGUUCCUUGGGGUCAAUUUGACCCCAGGCUGUUUUUCACUGUGUCAAACAUAUAAGAAAUAUCAAGAUAUUAGAUAUUUAAAGGGCUAUUUAGGUAGUCAAUAAACAAACAUAAAGUACCUCACACUUAAAAUUGGGAAACAAUAUUAAUUCUAAUAAUUUUCUGGAGGUUUUAAUUGCUGGGGUCAAAUUGACCCCGAGGGUAAAAUAUGUUAGUAAAUGUAAAGGUAACAGGAGGGUUAACACAUAACUGUGUAUGAAAACUGAUUCUAGAAAUCCUAUGAUAUAACAUUAUAAUGGCACUUAAGGAUGAAUCUAUUCUAUCGUAUUAAGUUUGGCACAUUUUUACUGGUGCGCUGGAGAGGUUUCUUGUCAUUUUCUUAAUGGUUUGGGAACAAAUUGUCAUGCAUUUAUUUUUAUAUGAUUAUGCUCUAUAUCAAUAUGGUUUAUAAAGGAUGCUGCUAUAUGUUUUUUUAAUUAUUGCUGUUGUUUGAUGGGUUUUGUUUGUUUGGUUAUUUUUCCAGAUGAUGUGGUUUAGUUAAACUCCCUGCAGGUCGGGAAGUAAGCUUGUCUCUCAGAGAUGUCAUUCUCUAAACAAAACCUACAAAGCAUGUGCCAGACAUUAUCAUGCAUUGCCUUUCACUGGAUGUUGUUACCCCAUAUAUGUGUUCAGGUUAUAUCUAUCCACAUCCAUUUGACAUAGAUAAACAGACACAAUAACAUGCACAGAUUUUAUUUCAUACAGUAUGUAGAAGAAUCAACGGAUAUGUCUUAUUAGCUCUCAGCUUUCUGUUAAGGUGCAAUCAAUAUAAUGGUCAAUUCAUUGUGUUUGUUUCACUGUUUCUAUCUGCAUUAUACAUAUUUUCCUACCUCAGGUUGUUAGGGAAAGUCCAUUUUGCAAUAAAAUAUUACAACCAA